AUGAAGUCCGGCGGACGCGAUCCUGCCGAGCGUACCAACGGGUUGUCUAACAGCGAACGAGCAGUUGGAGUUUCGCCUCGUCGUCCUGGUGUGCUUGGGUGUAGAACCUUCGCGAUCGUCCUGUGGGGCGCUAUCCUUUUCGGAGCGUUUGUGGAGAUGGCCGUGGGUGAUGUGUACACCGUUGGCUAUCUGACUGGAUCUCAGCGCCGACCGGGCGAUCGCAUCUACGACCGACCUGGAUUACAAAUUUCCGGUGCCAUAACCCUGGCCAUGACCGAGGUGAACGACCGGUACUUCACCAAGCACGGACACGAGCUGCGCUUUGAGGUGGCCGAAACGUACGGCGAGGAGGUAACGAGCAUACGCAAGACGGCCGACCUGUGGACAAAGGACGUGAUAGGAUACCUGGGACCGCAGGAGACUUGCGUUCACGAGGGCCGCAUGGCAGCCGCCUUCAACCUACCAAUGAUUUCUUACUUCUGCACGCACAAUGAAACGUCCAACAAGAGGCACUUCCCGACGUUCGCUCGGACACGUCCUCCAGAUCUGCAGAUCGCGAAAUCGGUCGUAUCCCUGCUCCUGGCGUACAACUGGACCCAGGUUAGUUUUUUGUAUCGUGCUUCAGACAACGGUGAGUUCGAUGCGGUGGCCGAAACGCUCAAGACGACGCUCCGGUCGGCCAACAUCCGGAUCCGCUCGGUCGCGACCUGGACCGACGUCUACCAUCACGGGUACUCGGGCAAUCCGUUCGAGCGGCUAGUGGACGAAACGAGCGACGAUACGAGAAUCUAUCUCGUGCUGGGCUAUCACUACGAGCACAUCGGGCUGCUGGUGAGUCUUCGCCGCAGGGGUUUGCUGGAAGGAGGCGACUACUUUGUCGUCGGUAUCGACAUCGAGCAGUACGAUGCGGCGUUACCGACAAAGUACAUGCACGGGCUGCUGCAGACGACGCCGGAUCCGGAUGUGGUUGAAGCCUUCCGUCACUAUCUGGCCAUCGUGCCGUCGGCGCCGGUGCGCUUCGACGAAUUCGCGGUUAAGGUUAACAAAUAUUUGGAGCUGCCACCGUUCGAGUACCGGAACGCGCUGAACUUCUUCGGAGGCGUGAAACAGAUCCGAGCGGAAGCCGCCUAUCUGUACGACGCGGUUCAUCUGUAUGCAAACGCGCUAAUGCAGGUGGUGCUGUCGGGCGGGAGUCCGAAAAAUGGAUCCGCCAUCAUCGACGCCAUUAAGGGCCGGGCUUACAUCAGCGCGAUGGGCUACCUGGUGCACAUCGACGAGAACGGCGAUGCAACCGGAAACUACACCAUCCUCGCCCGGAAACCACUUCCCAGCACGAUGUCGGACCGGCAGUACGGCUUGUUUCCGAUCGGACGGUUCAGCUCACCCACCGUCGACCGCAUACCGGAGAUCCGCCUGUUUGAUACGAUCGAUUGGGUCGGAUCCGGUCCGCCAGUGGCCGAGCCGCGGUGUGGUUUUCGUGGAGAAAAGUGUAUCAGCUACACGGGCGAGAUAACGGGCGGCAUCGCUGGCGGGGCCCUGUUGCUACUGGGUGUCGUUUCGCUCGUCCUUUACCGUAACUGGCGCUACGAGCAGGAACUGGACAGCCUGCUGUGGAAGGUGGACUUCCGCGAGAUUCAGAUGCACGAGAACGAGAAGGAACAGGCCGGCCCGAAAAUGACACGGACUACGCACCCAUUGAUUCGCACGAGCCAGGUCAGUUUGAGCUCAAACCCAGAUCUGGACUUCCGCUAUUCGACAAUUUUCACCCCGAUCGGACUCUACAAGAGUCAAUUGUACGCGAUCAAGAAGGUGAAGAAGAAGAGCAUCGAUAUCACGCGCGAGAUGAAGAAGGAACUGAAGCUGUUGCGAGACAUGCGGCACGACAACUUAAAUGCGUUUAUUGGGGCAUGCACGGAUCCUCCCAACAUCUGCAUCAUAACGGACUACUGCAAUCGAGGAAGCCUAAAGGAUGUGCUGGAGAACGACGACGUGAAGCUCGAUAACAUGUUCACGGCCUCGAUGGUGGCGGACAUCCUGCGUGGGAUGAUUUACCUUCACGAGUCCCCGCUGCGCUUUCACGGCUCCCUGCGGACGUCGAACUGUUUGAUCGAUUCACGCUGGGUGGUGAAGCUGAGCGAUUUCGGGCUGUUCGCCUUCAAGCAAGGCUCCGAGGACGUCCCGCACGAGAAGGAAAAGCUCGAGGAAAAGUGUCAAAAGCUGCUGUAUCGCGCCCCGGAGUUGUUACGAGCCGGACCAACAGCGACCGUUCCAGGCACACCGAAAGGAGACGUUUAUUCUUUCGGGAUCGUACUCUACGAGAUCUUCACACGCCGUGGUCCGUUCGGCGAAAUUGAAUGUACUCCGAUGGAGUGUCUAAAGCGCGUUCUAAACCCGCUAGAUCCGACAACACCCUUCCGACCAGCGAUCCAACCCCUAGAAACGUCGUUUGACUGUGUGCGUGACUGCCUGCGAGAGUGUUGGGCAGAGCGUCCUGAGGAUCGGCCCGACUUCAAAGCGAUCCGAAACAAGCUGCGUGUCCUUCGCAAGGGUAUGCGCCCGAACAUCUUCGACAACAUGAUGGCUAUGAUGGAGAAGUACGCCAACAACCUGGAACAGCUGGUUGAUGAGCGGACCGAUCAGCUGCAAGAGGAGAAAAAGAAAACGGAAGCAUUAUUGCUCGAGAUGUUACCCCGUCCGGUAGCGGAACAGUUAAAGCGAGGCCAUAAAGUAGAGGCCGAAAGCUACGAUCUCGUGACGAUCUACUUCAGUGACAUCGUCGGUUUCACGUCGAUGUCCGCCGAAAGCACGCCACUGCAGGUGGUAGACUUUCUGAACGAUCUGUACACCUGUUUCGACUCGAUCAUCGGCCAUUACGAUGUGUACAAGGUGGAAACGAUUGGGGAUGCGUACAUGGUCGUGUCGGGGUUGCCGAUUCGGAAUGGGUUGAUCCACGCUGCUGAGGUUGCGUCCAUGUCAUUGCAGUUGUUGGAGGCAGUGGCCGAGUUCAAGAUACGACACAGGCCUAACGAUCGGUUAUACCUGCGAAUUGGCAUCCAUUCGGGACCGGUUUGCGCCGGUGUCGUUGGGUUAAAGAUGCCCCGAUACUGCCUGUUCGGUGACACGGUCAACACUGCGUCCCGAAUGGAGUCAACUGGACAACCGCUUAAGAUCCACUGCAGCCUACAGACCAAAGAGAUCCUGGACUCUCUCGGGGGAUACCACUUUCAGGAGCGUGGCCUCGUGCCGAUGAAGGGCAAGGGUGAUCAGCGAACGUUCUGGCUCGUCGGUGAGGAUCCUGAUGCUCGAGCCCGUCGCACGAAGGAGCGUACUGAGCGGCGAGGUUCGCGGGCCCUUAACAAGUACCUGGGCAUGCUGAAAAGCGUCACCAGCCUCCCGGGAGUACGCAGUUCGCUCAAGACCCGAUCACUAGCGCUGCCCCGAGGUUCACUGCCACGUUCCUCUAGUCUGGAAUCGCCGAAAAGACUGAGAUUCGCCAGCGGUGCCAUGCUCGAGCAACACCGUUACCAUCGGUACAGCGAUGACGCACUGAUGGAAGUCAUCUCUGAUAGCAGCAUCCGCCGGUCGGAUUACAGCAUCUCGGAUGGUGCAGAAGAUAUCACCGCAUCCUGUCCGUGCAUCGAGCAUCUCGGAACAAACAAACCGUCCGAACCGGCCUAUGUGCUAAAUAGCAACGGCCCAACGGUGACGACACCACUUCUCACAAACAGUAUCGCCACCUAGAACAACACCAAUACCCGGGAAUGUCUGAACUCGUCGUCUAACGAUACUUCGGUAGCUAAGACUACUGCUAACCAACGAUGAAAAAAAUCAAACUGUAAUCGAUUUUAUCGAGAGGGAAAGAAUGGUUGGUUAAAUCCACUUCCUUUUUACCGAUAUCUAGUCAUGUGCUCAAUGUGUCUGUCUGUGUGCUUAAUUGCGAUACGCAAGCAAAUGGUGAUAAUGAAACGAAAGCUAGACUUGGGAUAGAGCAGCGAAAUAUUUAGCAGUAAACGCAGUCGUACAGUGAUCGUUUGAAGAAGGCUAGUGUGACGGAGUAAGAUCAUGGGAAAAGGGAUAGUAUGGGUUGCGCCCUCAUGUGCCUGCUCAGCCACAGGAUACAGGAAAAGAAAACAGUAUUGUGUCGCGUUCACAGUGCGAUGCACACCUAUUAUCAUCACUGUCGUUCGUUUUUUGUAAUAUGUCGUCGUUUCUGUCGUUGUGGAAUAAACUAAAAAG